ACAGCGCAGCCACGCAUGCACGUUGGAGACCGUGACAGCUCAGCCACACGACUCCUCUGACCGGCCCGCGCCGCGGUGCGUGGCCCCUUCCCCUCCACCAUGAAUCCUGCGCAGGGGUCGCCGUCCACAGACGCCAAACCGCUUCAUCAAAAGGAGGAGAUGACGGACACUGACGGCGAGGAGCCGCAGCCGAAAGAUAUGAGCACGGAUAAAGGAUACAAACAGCAGCGCAGCAGCCUUGCUUUCAGCGUGGAGUCGCUCAUCGCCAAGAAGAGCACCUGUCGGACUGUUUCCGAGGUCUCCGAGGUCUCCGAGGUGUCCGUGGCUGCGCAGGGCGCGCAGGGCGCGCACUUCUCCCCCAGGACUCUUUACGCGGAGCGGAGGCUUUCCGGGGAAAGCGCGCACGGAGCCUCCAGGAGCUCCGGGGAGGACAGUCCGCACUUUUGUGAGAAAGAGCACAGCACUUGGUUCCAGACGUCCUCUUUUUCUACACCUCCCCGGAGCUCAAGUCCGACUCAGUGUACUUUAAGGAAACACAAAAACAACAGGAAACCUCGCACGCCCUUCACUACCUCGCAGCUGCUGGCGCUGGAGCGCAAGUUCCGCCAGAAGCAGUACCUCUCCAUCGCCGAGAGAGCGGAGUUCUCCAACUCCCUCACUCUCACCGAGACUCAGGUUAAAAUUUGGUUUCAGAACAGAAGAGCCAAAGCCAAGAGACUACAAGAGGCCGAGCUGGAAAAGUAUAAACUGGCCUCCAAGCCGGUGCUACCCGCCUUCGCGCUGCCUUUCCCCCUCGGAGCGCACAUGGGCCCCCCGUCCUGGGGCCCGAGCAGCGCGUUCCCGAGGCCCGGCCUGCCGGUGCCGGGACUCUUCAGCGGACCCGUCACGUAUGGGAUGUACUAUUUGUCUUAGUGUUCCGUGCGCGUGUUUGUGUGGCUGCAAUCAGGGGCGAAAAU